UUCUGUCUGCAGAGCAAAAAGCGGCGGCUUCCUGUGAGAGACGCUGACUGAGUACUCUCUCGCUUUCAGUUUAAGUGCUUUAACAGCCGUCGGGAGAGAGGAGAGCUGAAACAUGGCUUCGGACGGGAGUCUCACAGCCAUCGCCAUUUUACUCUUCUCCACCUUCACCCAAGGUCAUUUCGGGAAUUUGGAUCGCUCAUAUUCGGUCAAUGUGACCGAAGGCCAGCCGGCCACACUCCCGUGCCGAAUGGAGGAUGAUCACGACGAGUACAACCUCGUGCAGAUCGAGUGGAGGAAAGUGGAGGGCCACCAGGAACACAAGAUCGCCAUUUACAACCCCAGUCAUGGACCUCCACAUCACUUCUGGAACAACGUCUCCAUGGUGUUGGAGAAAUCUGGGGAGGAGUUUUGGGGUUUGUCCCUGGUGCUCCCGGAUCUGGAAGUGUGGCACAGCGGGGUGUACGUCUGUGAGCUCGCAACGUUCCCCGCCGGGACGGUCAAAAUCAAGGCACACCUGCAGGUUACAGCUGCUCAGGUCUCCGCCAGGGUUACACAUCGGCCCGUGAGAGAGGGGGACAAUGUGACCAUCAUCUGUACCAGCGCCCUUCCAGCGGGAUCUUACUUCCUCUGGCCUUCCAAGAAUAAGUCCUCCAUCUUAGAAAACAAGGACGGAAGGUUCACACUGCCCAACGUGACCAGAGAAGACAGUGAUCUCUACACCUGCCAGCCAGGGAAUUCAUCUUUGGGCCUGUCUUUUCAUGGUCACAGUGCCACUGUGAAUGUUACAGUCAACUGUGAGUACGACACAAACCAGUCAGUCAGUUACAGUCAGGAGAGAAUGUGA